AAUUGAUCGUGUGUUUGACUCUUUGUGCUCUUGUUGUGCCUUUCACAAACUAAGUAUUUAACUUGAACUAACUUUCAAAAUGGUGAGAACAUUGGCAUCAAAAGUGACUAUGUUGCAAUGGUUUGUGGUGAUGCUGUUGUGUUGCGUGAAAGCUACAACCGUAAACCUAUGCCCAGAGCAGGAAUCGGUGGACAUCACCAACGGUACGAUGGAUGAAGCUGGACACGUCGAAUACAAUGGAGUGGUGUACAACUCUUCGCAGUAUUUUCAAGACGGAAACGAACGCAUAGGAUGCGUAUGUCUUGUACGUCAUUGUAUACACGUAUGUGAGACAGAAGAAUGGGCGAGCGAUGAGUCAAGACAACUCUUUGCAAAUGUAUCCGAUCCUGAUGGUAAAAAUUAUCAAAGGGUAGAUCUGGCUGCAGACCAUCGAUAUUACGUGAUCACGGGGAAACGAAACUGUAGCGAAGAUUGGUCGCCGAUAGACCAUUAUGAUGUGAACAUUACAUCGAAAGGAGAGCUUCAAGUGCAUACAUACUUUGGCGAAAUCAUAAAUAAUUAUCACCAAUUCUGUAUGUUCUGGAAUGUCGAUACGGAGGAAUUCGACGCGUGUUUCUUUCUGCCUGAACCGAGUGAUUUGCCGCAUAGAUUAUAUGCCAGCGGCUUCCUAGUAUCUUUACCCUUUCUUGUGGCCACGCUUGUGGUGUACACUAUUCUACCGGAACUACAUAACGUGCCUGGCAUGUCAUUGAUGUGCUACGUGGCAUCACUCGCAGUAUCCUAUCUACUGCUUGCCUUGGCGCGAAUGGAUGUCUACGAUUACCAAUCCGUUAUGUGUCUGACCACUGCUUAUACAGUGUACUUCACAUUGAUGGCCAGUUUCUUUUGGCUCAACAUCAUGUCCUUUGACAUCUAUUGGACGUUCGCUGGAAGUCGUGGAUGGAUGACUGAGCGACAAAAAUUCUCCUACUACUCUCUGUAUGCAUGGGGUACACCCCUCCUAUUCCUAUCAUUGAUUCUUCUCUUCGAUCACACGGAACUCCUCAGCUACGAUUUGCGACCGAAUGUUGGUGAGGAAGGGUGUUUUCUCAAGGAUGAAAAGCUGACUCAAUUUCUAUAUGUGUACUUGCCGCUGUUACUUCUUAUCAGUGCAAACAUAUUCUUCUUCGCUAGUACUGCCAUUCGCAUUUACAAAACAGAACAGGCGAACGUCGUUAUGAUGAAAGGAAAUUCGAGGCGCCACACGAAAGCUCAACACGAUCGCAACAGAUUUGGUCUGUACCUACGCUUGUUCACGAUCAUGGGUGUAACUUGGUCGCUAGAAAUUAUAAGCUGGCUGGCGACUGAUUCGAAUGAAUACUUUUCGUCGUGGAUCGUCUACGUUCUGGAUUUUUGCAACUGUCUUGUGGGCAUCAUUAUCUUUUUCAUGUUUGUCUGGAAGCAAAGAGUAAAGAAGCUUUUGGUUCAGCGGUAUGUAUGUGUAGUGGUGAAGGUGAAGGUGAUCGAUUCCCAUAUUUUUGUAGGUUUGGAAAGUCCAAAGGUGCCAUGGAAACGAGUUAUAAUACGAAUACAUUACGUAAUACCAAAUCGACGGAUGAAAUAUCAGCCAAUUCCAUACCGAUUACUAACAUUAAUCCUGAUCAAGAAUGUGUAUAAACGACAACAUUAACUCAGACAAUUUACAAACGAUUCAACUAUUGUACCAUAAUUGCAUCACGAAGGCUACAAUGCAAGGGUCCGUAUCCUUGAAGAUAUUUUUUUGUUUUCCGGCGAAUUAUGUUGGCUUGGUCAAAUACUUCUGUUGAUUUCUUGAUAUCUAACCCUGAACUACCACAAUUUUAAUUUGCGAAGUUAAAAAAUAUUCUGUUUCAUUAUUCACACUCGUAAUACUCGCAACACAUACGAUUCAUAGAGAUCGCAUCGAUUACUAUUUCUAUAUAAUAAAUCUUAAUUGUGAUUUUUUCUUUAGAUCACUUUUAUGUAACAUCAAUAGAAAGCAGUAUUUUAGGUACACACCUUCAAAUAUAUUCAAAC